GUGACAGCCGCUAGCGAUAGCAUGGCAUCUAGCAUAACGGAUGUGUAUCGCAGGAAUGACUUACAGCAUUCGUGUAGAGGUGGUGGUGAGGGAACGGCUGGAAUAAGCGCUACUCACUUGGCUGCUAUGGAUCGAAAAAGAGCAGCCUCGACAGAGCUGAACAGAUCGAGUGCCGAUAAAAGAAGCAAGUGGUCAUCGUCUUCGUCUGGUGAUGAGGAAGAAGACGAUGCUCUGAGUUCAGGAUCACAAGAUGAUGACGAAUCAAGUACGGUUGAUGAGCGAACCGAUACCACCACGCCGAAUGCUCCGAUUGAGGCAUUCUCGAUGCAGUGUCCAGGAUCGAAUUUAGCUACGAUGUUCCGCAAUCAUCCCAUUAACACACAUAUGAGCGGUGCCGUAAUGGGCUAUCCAAUCCAACCGUAUUUCACAAACAUGACGAAUGCACCGAUGAGCCGAGAAUUCGCCGAGUGUACAAACAUGAACAUGGGCUUUCUACCAACACAUCAGAUGGCCUAUGGAAUGUCUUUUCCACCGACAUCGCACUACGCGUUCGGUUACGGUACGUCUUGUUCAACAGAGUCGUUUGUGAGGCAACAACAAGUGGAACCGAUGAACAAUUUAUCACAACCGAUUCAGUUACCACUUCGUGAUGAAUUGAAUACCGAUAGUGUUGGCGUUCUAUCGGUAGGAGCUUAG